CGCACCCGACUUAAACGCGUUAAACGUGUUACAAUGCGAUUCGCCUUCGGAUUAUAAUCAUGAAAGAGAUUAAACUUAUUCGAGUGUAUACUUUAACAUAGUACUGUCUGAUCAAUAACAGACACACGGGGUACUUAGAAUGUCCGCCACAAAGUUCCGUCCAGUGAGCCUUUUCUAUUUUACCGCGAUAGUUUCCGUUUUAUUUCUCGGAUACACAGAAGCCGAGGACGAUAUCAAGUUAACUCGACACAACAAUGGAGACGACCCUGAAGAUCUAGAGGAAAGGGAGGGAAUGAUUCGUCUGUCACCCCCUACACUUGACGACGAGGAACAAAACAGCCCGCAUAUCCCAAAGGCUCUACGCUGUGACGGAUGCCGCGCAGUGGCUUACCAGCUUUCUUCAGAGUUUCAAAGAAGACACAAGAACUUACCAAAAAAGAAAAAGAAAUUGUCUGAGUCAGAUGUGAUUGAAGUAGUGGAGACAGUCUGCGGUAGUGGAUUUGAGAAUUAUGGGCUGAAGGCAGUCGAUGGAGUUAACAGAGUAUCAGGACCAGGUCUGGAAUCAGAGAAAUCCCCAGGGAUGAUGCAGGGGGGAGGGAGAUGGCCACUCAGAUUUCAGAACAUGUGCAAUGCUUACGUUGGAGAACUUGACGAGAUGGGGGUUUACGAGGGUUUCCUGGAAGACAACACACUUGAAGACUUCCUGUGUCGCAGAGACGGCCUGUUCUCUUACUGCAAAAACACCCCAGCCCCAAACAAACAGGAACUCUGAUAGGCACCUUCUCAUCCUAAAAAUAUUUUGUUGUAAAUCCUUUCUCACAAUUCUCAUUUCCUGCCAGUACCAACUUUAUGUUCAUUGAGUUCAACUGGUUUCAGUUUUAGCGAGAUUGUGGUUUUUUUUCCCCCCCGUGUCAGUUUUUCACAUUCCCAUAACACAGUGUGUAUCUUUAUAAUCAUUACAUAUUAAACUUGGCAUCAUUUUAAUACAUGUUUGUAUGAUAUUCAUUUGAAUACUCGCUACAUAUAUUUAUGAUGUUUGUUAGUGCAAGCGUACAAGUGCCUCAUGUUCUAACACACAUUUCUACUUUGAAGAAGCAAUAUUCAUUUCUUUGUAACUUUUUAUUAAUGAACAAAUGAGAGAUAUCUUACUUUAAAGAUAGGUAUACCGGUACAUACAAGUUUCAACAUACUUGUUACAAGUAUGUUAUAUCCAGUUUUGGAGUCUGUGAAUCUUUUUUAACGAAAGAUGUUCUGUUGUUGUGUUUCCUUAACUAUUUCAAAUAAAAAAUAUUCUCUUUU